UGUGUGCCUGCCGAUGCACUGGAGUGAGCUACUACUCUUUAACUUUACACGACACCCUUGAACGGACUUUCCCAAAAAAACAGAAUCAUAUUUGUGAGCAGAGCUCGUGCAAGACGCGUGCGUAUCCAAACUCCACCGUCUUGAAUAUUUCUUUCCACUUUCCCAAUCCCUUUUUUUACAGUAUGAAGUGCAGUUAUGGCAAGGAGUAGCAAGUCAGUGGCGAGGACCCUGGAGGAUUUGACGCUCGACUCGGGUUAUGGUGGAGCCGCCGACUCCUUCAGAUCUUCCAGUGCGUCGCUGUGCUGCUCAGAGGCACAUGGCGGGAAUCACUGGCAUUUAACCGACUCGAUGCACAGUCGACACAACAGCCUGGACACUGUUAACACGGUCCUGGUCGAAGACGCCGAGAUCCUGGAGAGCACCGGGCAGUGCGCUAAACUACCCGAGCUUGAGGAUGUGCCGUGGAGCCUCGGGGAAGUGGCGAGCGCGCUGAACAGGGACGAGGAGAUGACCCUGCCGACCCCCCCGCAGGACGUCCUGCUCAGGCUCUCGGUGCUGGUCAGCCGGGCCCUGGUCAGGGUCGCAAAGGAGUCACAGCGCCUAAGUUUGCGCUACGCCAAAUGCACCAAGUACGAGAUCCAAAGUGCCAUAAAGAUGGUUCUGUCGUGGAGCGUCUCGAUGAGCUGCAUCAGCGCGGCCCUCGGUGCCUUGUCCCUGUACAACAUGAGCACGGAGGAGGACAAGUUCGGCCGCGGCAAGUCGGUGCGCUGCGGACUCAUCUUCAACGUGGGGAAGUUCUUCAAGUGGAUGGUCGACAGCAGGGUUGCGGUCAGGAUCCACGAGCACGCUGCGAUCUACCUGGCUGCGUGCAUGGAGAGCCUCUUCCGCGAGGUUUACGCGCGGGUGCUGCGCAGCGCGCUGCUGGAGCGCGAUAACGGGAUCCCCAAGUUCACUGUGGAGAUCCUGGAGCAGGCCGUCAACACUGACUCCGAGAUAUGGGGCUCUCUGCAGCCCUGGCAGCACCUGAUCUGUGGGAAGAAUGCAAGCGGUGUGCUCAGCCUACCUGAGGGUCUGACUCUUCACAGGGACCAGCAGCAGCAGCGAGCGGGGAAGAGCGGAGAGGGCAACGCCUACAGUCAGUCUGAGCUGCGCUCAAUUGAACAGUGUUUACUGGCUACACGAGUGGGCAGCAUCUCUGAACUCAGUGACCUGGUGUCCCGAUCCAUGCACCACCUACAGCCGAUGUAUAUGAAGAACCACAACAAUGGGACGCCGAUCCACCAGAAGAGCAGCGUGAUCCACUGGGCGCCUGAAGCGAUCUACACGCUGUGUUACUUUAUGCACUGCCCUCAGAUGGAGUGGGAGAACCCCAAUGUUGAGCCCUCGAAGGUUACCUUGCAAACAGAGAGGCCGUUCAUGGUGCUGCCGCCUCUGAUGGAGUGGGUGCGCGUGGCUGUGGUCCACACCGAACACCGACGCAGCUUCUCUGUGGACAGCGAUGAUGUUCGGCAGGCUGCCCGACUGCUGCUGCCCGGAGUGGACUGUGAGCCGCGUCAGCUCCGAACGGAUGACUGCUUCUGUGCCUCGAGGAAACUGGACGCUGCCUCUACUGAAGCAAAGUUCCUGCAGGACCUGGGCUUCCGUAUGCUCAGCUGUGGACGCACAGACCUGGUGAAGCAGGCUGUCAACCUGCUGGGUCCCGAUGGUAUCAACAGCUUGAGUGAGCAGGGGAUGACCCCGCUGAUGUACGCCUGUGUCCGUGGAGACGAGGCCAUGGUACAGAUGCUGCUGGAUGCGGGAGCUGAUAUUAACAGCGAGCUGCUGUUGGAUGCCAAAGCCAACGUGGAGGGGUCCCUGCAGGACGGGAUGGAGAACUACACAGAGACCCCGCUGCAGCUGGCUGCUGCAGCAGGUAACUUUGAGCUAGUGAGUUUGCUGCUGGAGCGGGGGGCAGACCCAAUGGUGGGAACCAUGUAUCGCAAUGGCAUCUCCACUGCGCCGCAGGGAGACAUGAACUCCUACAGUCUGGCAGCAGCUCACGGACACAGAAAUGUGUUUCGUAAGCUGCUGUCCCAUACAGAGAAAGGGAAAGGGGACGUCUUAUCCCUGGAAGAGAUUCUGGCAGAGGGUUCGGAGCUGGAAGGUAGAAGUCCGUCUCAGAUUGACCUGAUCCGAACUGGGAAGGCCAAACUUAAAGCCCUGAAAGAAGCCAUGUACCACAGUGCAGAACACGGGCACGUGGACAUCACCAUAGAUAUACGGAGCCUCGGGGUUCCAUGGACUUUGCACACUUGGAUGGAGUCUCUGCGCACAUGUUUCCAUCAGCACCGCCGACCUCUGAUCCAGGGUCUUCUGAAGGAGUUCAGCUGCAUCGAGGAAGAGGAGUACACUGAGGAGCUCAUCACGCUUGGCCUGCCUCUCAUGUUCCAGAUCCUCAGAGCCAGCAAGAAUGAGGUGAUUAGCCAGCAGCUGUCUGCGAUCUUCACACAGUGUUACGGUCCUUACCCCAUCCCAAAACUGGCAGAGAUCAAGAGGAAGCAGACGGCACGCCUGGAUCCUCACUUCCUGAACAAUAAAGAGAUGUCAGAUGUGACCUUUUUGGUGGAAGGGAAGCCUUUUUACGCCCACAAAGUCCUGCUUUUCACAGCUUCCAGCAGGUUUAAAUCUCUACUGGCGAACAGACCUUGCGGAGAAAACACAUGCAUUGAAAUCAGCAAUGUCAAAUAUCACAUUUUUCAGCUGGUGAUGCAGUAUCUCUACUGUGGAGGGACAGAAGCUCUGCACAUCAGGAACACUGACAUUAUGGAGCUUCUGUCUGCAGCCAAGUUCUUCCAGUUGGAGGCGCUGCAGAGGCACUGUGAGAUUAUCUGCACCAAGAACAUUAACACUGAAACAUGUGUGGAGAUCUACAACCACACCAAGUUUCUUGGUGCUCCAGACUUGGCGUCCUAUAUAGAAGGCUACUUCCUCAAGAACAUGUUAAUCCUGAUCGAGUUGGAGCCAUUCAAACAGCUGCUGUACGACGUGCCUCCAGAUAGCCCUGGCUGUGACAUCCUGCAGGACCUGGAGAAAACCCUGGCCAUCCGCAUCCAGUCCAUCCACCUGUCCUCCUCUAAGGGAUCCAUCGUCUGAUCUCCUAACCUUUGUGAACACAGGAACAUGACUCGUGCUCACUCAAACGUGACACUGUAUUGAGAUGAAAAGACUUGGGGCCUGUCCAGUUACGAUCUCUGUGAAGCUCAUCAGUUGCUAAUGCUUCUUGUUAUCCUAGCACAGAUGGUCUGUCAGUCUGUCUACCGUGUUGAUAUCUGUCAACCAUGAAUUACAGUAACAUACAAUGACUGUCAUAAGUAGGGUUGGGUACCGAAACCCGGUUCCACUAUGGGAAUCGGACCGGAUUAGAACGCAAAUUUCGGUUCCUCGUUUCGGUUCCCCUUUAAUGUGUCAACUGAAAUAUUUUCCCUCUGUCGCUCCGAAACGGACGUAAAAAUAUCACACUUUCUCUGUAGUCUACCGUUAGCUAGCUACCGUAAAUGUAGGCUACUUUUAA